AAAUGAUAACAGAUACCAGUCCAAUCAGUAAUUAACGUGUACUUAUUGUUUGCGCUUGAAUAGAAUAAAUUAAAAAUAAUAUAUUAAUUACGUACUGACAUCUAAGUCACAACAAUGACCAGAAAAUAUCAGUUGUGGGUUUUAGUGUUUUGCUAUACUUUUAGGGGUGUAAGCCUACAGUGUCAGAUGGCACAAAAAUGUGUUACUGAUUUGUCAGUGGACGAGUGUUGGGGAAGUCAAGUUUUAGUACCUAAUACCAGCGUGUAUGGGUGCUGUCCUUCCUGUGGAACUUCUAGCGGAGGGACUGAAACCGGACCAGAAACGGAGGGUUGCAAGGCACCUUCCAAUUGCUUGCCUGACGGACGAUAUGCCCCUGUGCAAUGCAAGGGUAAUCUAUUUACUGGCAGAUGUUUCUGUUCGGACGAAAACGGAAAGAGAAUAUUUGGACAAAUGUGGAGGGACGAAGCUGAUGAAAUGACUUGCGCAUGCAGUCGCAGAAGAGCUGAACUAGAAGCCCAAGGAAAGGUCUCGACACUCCAUUGUACUGAAUCUGGUGAUUAUGAGCCUCUGCAAUGCGAUGGCGGCAUGUGCUGGUGCGCGCAACCUAAGACCGGCCAGCCGACCGUCACUCCCAUCCCGGAGGAAGACAUGACACGACUACCAUGUUAUAGUCCUGCAGUCAUCGGAGAGCAAUAUUUAAGAAAAUGCGAAAGUUUAGUAAUUGCCAGCGGUGAGAUAGCGGAAGAGCAAGCGAGGCACGGAACAAAUUUCCUCGGCAACCCAGUUGUAACGUGUGACUACGACGGAAGCUAUGGACCUUAUCAAAUUAGAAACAGCGUUGCUUACUGUACUGGUCGCGAUGGAGAAAUAUUAGGUGCCUGGCAGGCAACCACAAGUGAUAUGCAGGGAAUGAACUGCAACUGUGCACGAGACACCAUGAUUAUCUUCCCGGCGCGAGGAAUGACGGUGACGGAGACUUGCAUGGGCAAUGGCAACUACCGACCGAACCAGAACGUGGGCGACGUGUACUACUGCGUCGAUAGUGACGGGUAUCACGGUGAAUUGUUAGAUGCCUGGCCAUCAGAUAAUUGUGCUAGCUACGCUUAAAUUUUAUAUAAUUUCAUUCAUGUAUUAUUACAUCCAUCUAAUUGAGUGUAAUAAAUGUUAUAUUUGGAUUUAA